AUGGUGAAGGCUGGUUACAUUGGCGAGUUUGAGGUGAUCGAUGAUCACAGAGCCGGAAAAAUCGUUGUAAAUUUAACGGGCCGUAUCAAUAAGUGCUCCGUGAUCAGUCCACGUUUUGAUAUCGCAUUGAAGGAUUUGGAAAAAUGGACGUCCAAUCUGUUGCCAUCACGUCAGUUUGGGUAUGUUCCGUUCCACUGCUCAUUUUGUGAUUAG